UUGUUGUUGCCAUGCCGUAAACCACUUUGAUCCGACCUGCCAGUUGAAGAGAGAGAGAGCAGAAGGCCUUAAAGCUUAUACAUUUAUAGACGAUGAAAGCAGGGUUAUCGAAACGCACUUUCAUUUUAUAAGACAGUAUUAUAGUCUUUCUUUCUCUCACGAUGAUCAUAGAGAAUGUUGAAGCCCUGAAGUCGUGGCUGGCAAAACUCCUGGAGCCAAUAUGUGAUGCGGACCCCUCUGCAUUAGCCAACUAUGUGGUGGCUCUUGUGAAGAAGGACAAAGUGGAGAAGGAUCUGAAAGCGCUUUGUGCUGAUCAGCUAGACGUCUUCCUACAAAAAGAGACAACGGGAUUUGUCGAUAAACUUUUUGAAUGUCUGACAACCAAGAACUACCUGGGGAUUCCUGCUGCCAAGGAGGUUCCUAAAGAGGAGGUGAAACCACCUGCAGUCAAAUCUGACGUUGUGGAGGCUGAAACUCCAGAGGAGGAGAGAGAAAACAGGCGGAGGAGAAGUCCUCUGAGAAACCGCUCUGACUUCAACGACUCCAGGAACCGCGAUGACAGGAGGCGAGAUGAGCGCAAGCGCCGCGACUUCGAUCGGCACGGGAAAAGCGGCGGCGACUCCAACCGCGAGCGGGAGCGUCACGAGCGUCGCAGGGGCAGCCCCCGCGGGAGGAGCUACAGCCGGAGCCGCAGCCGCAGCCGGAGCAGGAGUGGCAGCCGGGGAAAGAGCAGGGACAGGGAGCACAGAGGAGGCAGAGACUUCAAGUCAAAGUUUGAGUUAGAAAGGAAGGACACAAACUGCUACAACUCAUCCAACACAUCUGGCUCCCAGCAGCAGCAGCACCAGUCGCCUCUCCUGCCACUGCCCACACCUCCGCACCCCUUUUCUUCCUCGUCGUCCGCCGGAGUCUCAGGAACGGGAGGCGUUCCCGUAGUAACGCCGGCUCACCUGCCCGAUAGCACUACAGACAGCUGGUCUAACUACUAUGGCCCCCCGAGGCAAGACGGUGUCGGCAAGCCGUUCGGCAACAAGAGCGUUUCGCUCAAACAGCGCUGCAGGGAUUACGACGAAAAGGGAUUUUGUGUCCGUGGUGACCUUUGUCCGUUCGACCACGGCACCGACCCUCUCAUCGUCGACGAUGUCAAUCUACCGAACAUGAUUCCGUUCCCUCCGCCACCUGUUAUGCCCCCCCCCGCCGGCCUGCCCAUGCCGCCCCCCAUCACUGAGCCGCCCCCUCCCCUCAGGAUGCCGCCUGUGAUGCCACCCUAUGGUCAGCCACCACCACCGGGCGUCUUCCCCAUGACUGGACCCCCAAUGAUUCCAACCAGUGGGAUUGACACCCCCAACCACCAAACGCCAAUCACUUCUUCUCCUCCUAUCGGACCGCCUGGAGUGGGGCUGCCGCCUACUCUCCCUCCUCCUCCUCCUCCUCCACCUCCUCCCUCCUCGUCCUCAUCUGUGUCUCUUCGUCCCCAAUAUGUCCAGUCUGAAUAUAACUAUGAUCCAGAGGGCUACAACCCAGAAUCACCAGGCCUGACUGCAGCGGGUCGUAACCCGUACCGUCAGUUCAUUCCCCGGGUACAGACCCAGCGCUCCAACCUUAUCGGCCUCACCUCCAACGAAGGACAAGGCUCCAGAGCUGCCAACAUAGUGAUCCAGACUGAGCCUGCCACUGCAGCGAGCACCCCUGGAAGUAACGUGUCCCGUUUCAACACAGAGCAGGACAUCAGGAAGAGAACCAUGGGACCCAGUACAGCUGAGGGACCAGCAGCUAAAAAGCCCUGGAUGGAGAAGCCGAGCUUUAACAACCAACACAAGAACACUUUUCCCAAGAGGUAUCACUACGUGAACACUAAGUUGGAGGUGCGCAAGAUCCCACGUGAGCUCAACAACAUCACCAAGCUCAAUGAGCACUUCAGCAAGUUUGGAACCAUCGUCAAUAUCCAGGUGGUGUUUGGCGGAGACCCAGAGGCGGCGUUGAUCCAGUACACAAAGAACGAAGAGGCCAGGCGAGCCAUAUCCAGCAUCGAGGCGGUCCUCAACAACCGCUUCAUCCGCGUGUACUGGCACCGCGAGCCCGGCACCAACCCCACGGGGCUUCAGCAGCAGGAGCAGAGCUCAGGGAGCCAGGUGGCCGGGUCGGUGCCCAGCCCGGGGCUGCAGCACAGCAACAUGCAUAAGCAGGGGAUCAAGCAGCACAAUCCAGCCGCCUACGUGUUGAACAAGACCGUGCCCAAGCAUCGCCUGCCAGCGUCGCCCGGGGUCACGGCUCUAACCAAGCCCGACAGCCUGAACCCAAACGCAGACGCCGUCGCUGUGGCGCCUGCACUGAUGAACACCCAGAAGGGUCCUUACACUUCCACAGCCCUCAAGUCAUUAUCAAAGAGCUUUGGGAAAACGGGAAAAGCACUCGAAGCACAAGAAGUCCUCAAGAAGAAACAGGAGGCAUUAAAACUCCAGCAGGACAUGAGAAAGAAGAAACAAGAGAUGUUAAAGACACAGAUGGAGUGCCAGAAGGCCUUGAUAAACCGCCUGGACAAGAACCGAGGGAUGAAACCCGAGGAGCGAGCCAACAUCAUGAAGACCCUGAAGGAGCUGACGGAGAAGAUCGCACAGCUGCAGAACGAAAUGAACCCCGCUUCCCAGGUAUCCAGCGUAUCCAAACCAAACCACGGCCCGUCCAAGACCAAGACUGAUGCUCAGAAGGAAUUGCUGGAUGCUGAGCUGGACUUUCACAAGAAGAUGAGCUCCGGAGAGGAUACAACAGACCUCAAGAGAAAACUGGGACUGUUACAGGUGGAGGCGACACGGUUGGGUCUGAUCCGGCCUCCAGCGGGUCGAGGUCGGGGCCGAGGGAAGAUGACGCUGGAGCCCGGUUCGGUGCACGUGGGCCGCGGCAGGGGGCGAAGCCGGGAGUUGAUGGCUCGAAGCGGGACCGUGAACCGCAUGUCGGUCGACCACAGACCCAGAGCCCUCUCUAUUUUGGGGGUCACUCAGGAGGAGAAGGAAGAGCUAAUGCCGCACUUUGUGAAAUUUGGGGAGAUCGAAGAUGUCCGUGACCAAGACGCCAACAGUGUUGUCAUGACCUUUAAGACGCGAAGCGAAGCAGAGAAUGCAGCUAACCAGGGAGCAAAGUUCAAAGGUCGUGUGCUGCAGAUUUCCUGGUACAAGCCCAAGACGCCCUCUGUUACAACAGAGCCGGAGGAGGAAGAGGCUAAAGAUGAGGACAAUACGAAGGAAGCUAGCUCUUAUUUGCCUGGUGAGGAGGAAGAGGAAGAGGAGGAGGACGACGAUGAAGAUGACGAGUACGAGAGCCGAUCUUGGAGACGAUGAAGGCGUCGUGAUCCGUCGCGACCUGCUCUCCAGCGGAAGCGGUCGUUACCUUUCCCCCGAGAUAAAAUCAAUACAACGGAGCUGAUUUUUUUUCCUUUCCAGUAUUUUCAAGUAAUUUUAGACUAAUCAAAGUAAAAAAAACGACUUUACUUUACUGUACAGCAAAAAAAGUUCAGAGGGAAGACAGUUUUUGUAUCCCCUCGACUGAACAAUUAUUUAAAGCAUCUCACUUUUGCUGAGAAAGAUAAAUGUUAAGUUGUUCUUAUAGAUAGAAAAAAAACCUAUGUAAGUUUCAGUGUGCAUACCAGAUGAUUAAAAUCAGUAAUGCACAACAUUUGUGUCUACUGUGAAUAGGUAUUUUUAUACAUACUGUAUUUAAGCUCUUUUUCUCACCAGUUUUUUGGAAAAAUCUUGUCCUCAGUUCAGGGACAGCCAUUCCUUCACCAGUGGAACGUUCUCUGUUGCUACCAGAGAGAUAUUUAUUUAUUUUUCCACUGCAUAAAUGCACUGUGCCGUACCUCUAUUGGCACAGUAUGGUAUGGUUUUUCCAUUUCAGUUUGCUCAGUUUGUUUUGGUGUGUGUAAGCCCAAAACGUUAAAGGAUCCAAAUAUUUUUGAGAGCGACUCACUGUGCUGGUCAUGAAUACAUGCUAAGUUUACGCAUUCUAAACAAACAGAGCCACCCCUGCCCAGCACCCAGAGGUGCCGAUACUGUACCAUAACCAUAUAAGAGCCAGUGCAGGUACAGAAGGAUAGCAGUGCAAUAGGAAAAUCUAAAAACUAUGUUUACAAAUUGGCGUGUCCAUACACGUCAGAUACAGUCUUGUAGUGAAUUUUCCCCGCUUGUGUUUUGUUGCUCACUAAAUGUCCGGUGCCACUCUGCGUAAAUGUAAAACACCCACACGGGUGUUUUACGUUUUCUAAGAGUGUGUAACAUCUUUCACUUGUUUUAUUCUGUCUCCUGGUCACCCAAAGGGCCUGGCAGGACAAGGAUCAGAUCACCCAUUUCAAAAAUGUGAGAUCCAUAGACAGGUGUUUGAAUGUAAUACUGAACAGUUGAUUUUAAUAUAUAUAGAUAUAUAAUUUCUUUGCCUUACACAAUCAGCGGAUGGCUGAAUUUUUACAAGAUUUGUGAUUUACUUUUGUAAAUUUUGUAAAUGCUUGAAAGAGAAAUUACUGUUGUACUUUUUUGUUUUUAUUUUUUGUUUUCUUUUUCUGUCAUUUUUAAAACAAACGAGCAGCAGGUCGAGGCAGGUAGAAAAGGUCAAGCAAGAGUGCUUAGCAUCUCUGCUUAUUUGCAAGGAUUUUUGUGUUAAACCAGUCCACCUUGUUAUUUCACUAAAUUUGUCAUCUAAUUUUCUUUUUAAAAAAACAAAACUUUGAGCUGUGGAAAACAGUUAAAAAGCAGUGGGAGUCAUGCACCUCACAAUAUUAUUUGUGCAUCUGGACAUUGUCAGACAGUGCUCUAAACCCACUACUACAAGUGCACAUGUGCACCUUUUCAUGACAAGAAGUUUUAUUUCGCAUUUUGCCCUUUUUGCAAAUACUGUAUUUUAGAAUCCUCAAGGUGGGAGGAAUGAGAUUAAUUAAAGUUUAUACGAAAAUGUGCUCAAUGCGAGAAAAUACAUUUUUGACAGUUUAGAAAGUCUUUACGUUUGGUGCUUCCCUGAAACAAAUAACUACGUUUACAUACACCCUAAUGAAGUGUUUGCUUAUCAUAACUCAACUAAUCAUAUCCAAUAAUGCAACCAGUCAGAUUGAAGCACUAAAACAAAGGAGAGAUCUUAUUAGUUAACUGUAACAGUUUCACUACUUUACACAAACAUACAUGCAGAUUUCAGCCUGCAUGGGAAUACAGUCCAUAACAGAGAAUUCAUAACAGAAAGUCUCCUUUUUCCGCUAACAUUAACUAGCACCACAUGUAAAGGAGUGCAGAACUGUCUGAAACACAGUACGUGAUUUCCUCCCACCUACAAUGUCGGUAGCGCUCUUGUUUGGAUUGCAUAUCUCACUGUUGAUUGAUAACUCUGAGGCCUCCUGCCAGUGAUCUCAUUGUCCCAUUUUAACCUUUUGAGUUCUGUGGCGUUCAGUUAAGUUCAGAUGUGCGAAGGAAAGCUGAAGCUUCUCUCUUCUACACUUGGCUUUAUGAUUUGCUCGUGAUAUUUUUUUUAUAUGAGGUCACUGGCAGUUGUAUAGGACAAACCUAUACCGGCAGGGUUCUUGCUUGUGUAGGUCUCUCUCCCACUUUUUUGUACUAUCUUCUGUAUGCUACUAUCACAACGGUGUAAAAAAACAAUGUAAAUGUCUAUUGGAUAAUAGUUUUGGAUUUGUUACUGUUUAUAUUUGCAGGAUGUGGAUGUAUUUUCUUCAUGUAUUUAGUUUGUAAAAAAAUGGAUUUCUAAUUUACUAGCAUGUUUGCUUUUGCCAAUAAAGAUGGAGGAAUGGGUGCUUGGAAGACGAUCAAAAAAAAAAAGAACGAGAAAAAAAAACAAC